GGAAAUUGUGAUCAGGUGAUGUGACUCACCAUUUUCCUCGAAAUUCAUUUUUCCGUCUUUCUCUAUUGGAACAACAUCGGACUUGACCGUGGUCACAGCAGUAUCUCGGAGGUAUGAGCUACAUAGAGUUUUACCACUACACUGAUGAGGAGGGGAAGAACGCCAUAGUGCAGAGUAUGACAGUCAAACAAAGUCGCAAGAAACCCGGGGAUGGCGAUGUCGCAUUCGGUGAAGGAGUGUAUGGAACGACGAUGGACCCUGACGACUUCAGCAAACAGGAGGUGGCCCGAAACAACUACGACGGCGCUCCGGGAUUCUGGGAGGACCUAAUGGAUAUCGGCAGGGUAGAUUUUGCAAUCAAAAUCCUCCUGCCAGUUUCAGAGGUCAAGUUUGUGAAUUACCAGUCACGUAACAUUCUCAUCUAUAAAGGGGACAUCGAUCUUCGAAUGUACACUUAUUGCAUUAUUGAAGUUGAGGACGAGGAAGACGAGGAGGACGAGGACAGUGACUGGUAACCCGUUAUGACGCAUCCAAAAAUGGAGCAUAUCUGUCCGCCCCACCUUUAAUAUUUGGUCAGUAUCUUUGAAGUGUUGCAGUUAUCUAUAGGCGGUAUCUAUGUUGUUUCAGACAUUAAGUUUUUUAGAUAAACAAUAAAUCGAGCCUUAGGGCUGUAUAAAUUA